UAGAAAGGUUAUGCAAUCACUCUGAAAAACGUCAACCUAAUCCCGGCCCGGAGGGCCGAGUGUCAUAUCCCAUUCGACUCAGUUCGUCGAGAUUGGAAAAAGUCUGUAUGUGUGUGUAUGUGUGUAUGUAUGUGUGUGUAUGUGUGUGUAUGUGUGUGUAUGUGUGUGUAUGUGUAUGUAUGUGUGUGUAUGUGUGUGUAUGUAUGUGCGUGUGUCAAAUAAUGUCACUCAUUUUUCUCAGAGAUGGCUGAACCGAUUUGCCCAAACUUAGUCUCAAAUGAAAGGUGCAACCUUCCCAUCGGCUGCUAUUGAAUUUUGGAUCGAUCGGAAUUCUGGUUCCGGAAUUACGGGUUUCAGAGCGCGGCCACACAGAAAUUUCUCAUAAAAACUAUAGGAAAAAUUAAAAAUAGAAUUUUUAUUUUUGAUGCUAAAUGUAUUCAAGGUGCAUAAAACGUCGAGAUUUGAUGCAAACACGAAAAAAAUUUGACGAAGAUUCACUUUUUUGGAUUUUGCACAUUUUUGCCUUUCUCAUAUAGAAAGGUUAUGCAAUCACUCUGAAAAACGUCAACCUAAACCCGGCCCGGAGGGCCGAGUGUCAUAUCCCAUUCGACUCAGUUCGUCGAGAUCGGAAAAAGUCUGUAUGUGUGUGUGUAUGUGUGUAUGUGUGUAUGUAUGUAUGUGCGUAUGUGUCAAAUAAUGUCACUCAUUUUUCUCAGAGAUGGCUGGACCGAUUUGCCCAAACUUAGUCUCAAAUGAAAGGUGCAACCUUCCCAUCGGCUGCUAUUGAAUUUUGGAUCGAUCGGAAAUCUGGUUCCGGAAUUACGGGUUUCAGAGUGCGGCCACACAGAAAUUUCUCAUAAAACUAUAGGAAAAAUUAAAAAUAGAAUUUUUAUUUUUGAUGCUAAAUGUAUUCAAGGUGCAUAAAACGUCGAGAUUUGAUGCAAACACGAAAAAAAUUUGACGAAGAUUCACUUUUUUGGAUUUUGCACAUUUUUGCCUUUCUCAUAUAGAAAGGUUAUGCAAUCACUCUGAAAAACGUCAACCUAAUCCCGGCCCGGAGGGCCGAGUGUCAUAUCCCAUUCGACUCAGUUCGUCGAGAUCGGAAAAAGUCUGUAUGUGUGUGUGUAUGUAUGUGUGUGUAUGUGUGUAUGUGUGUGUGUGUAUGUAUGUGCGUAUGUGUCAAAUAAUGUCACUCAUUUUUCUCAGAGAUGGCUGGACCGAUUUGCCCAAACUUAGUCUCAAAUGAAAGGUGCAACCUUCCCAUCGGCUGCUAUUGAAUUUUGGAUCGAUCGGAAUUCUGGUUCCGGAAUUACGGGUUUCAGAGUGCGGCCACACAGAAAUUUCUCAUAAAAACUAUAGGAAAAAUUAAAAAUAGAAUUUUUAUUUUUGAUGCUAAAUGUAUUCAAGGUGCAUAAAAUUCACUAAGAUAAGAUAGCAUAAGAUUCACUUUUUUGGAUUUUGCACAUUUUUGCCUUUCUUAUAUAGAAAGGUUAUGCAAUCACUCUGAAAAACGUCAACCUAAUCCUAAUUUUUUUUCGACUCGCAUAAGGUUUCUGGAUUUUAACAGGGGCGUAGUUGAUGGUUUACGGAGAGAGGUUACACCCCCCCUCUACUGUUCACUCCCCUCCUUUAAAAAUCUUCUUAAAUCACCCCUCAGACCACCACCUCAUACCCCUCCCUUUCAACCCCAUCAUCUUUAAACCACCACUAUAUUACAAAGCAUACCAAUUUAAGCUGGGGAGUCGUUCGUUCAUGGGACUUUCGCCCUCCUCACAUACCCAUCCCCGCAUGACAAAAUGAGUUAGCAAGCAGAUAACAUUGAUCUAAUGCUGAUUAGGCUAAUGGAGUAUGAUUUUUUUUGGUUCAAGUGUUUCACCGUCGACACGUAGCUCAUCAAGUUCGUGGCUGGCAUGCCAUUGUGUAUAAGUGCAAAGUGUACUAAGAAUGUAAUGGACAUUUCCACAAUUAUGUUGAACAUAAAAAGCCUCCGUGCCAUAGUUUAGAGAAAUGAGAAAGGCACAAUUGCACCGCUAGUGGAAGAAGGAAUCGAUGAUAUGCAAACGUUCGUUGAAUUGGACAAUUAUGAUUUUAUGCGGCUAAAACUUCGAACCAAAGUGAUUAAAUUAAUCCAACGCAUGCAGAAGGAAAUAUUGGACGAUACAGUUAUUGAAGAAACAUUGGAAAAUGAAAGCGACGAACCGAACAAUAACGGUGAGGAUGACAUUUUGAAUGUUGAUGGUGAAGUAGUGCAUGAAGAAGAACUAGAAAACAAUGACCGAAAUAACGUAUAUCACGGAGUUGUGUUGGAAACUCUAAUCAACAUAAAUAUAAUUUUUCAGCGCACUCCAAACGGCAAAGCGGUUAUGGAAAUUUUAAAAGAGGGGCAAAAACCAAAUGACAUAUGUCUAACUGCCAUUAAGCGCAUCCUCUGCGAAUAUCUCAAAUCUAUGUAUGGAUUGCGCCCUUCCGCUUUUUACAAAAAUCUCCUGGCACAAAGUCUUGUGAACACGUACCCUCAACUGACAUCAUCAACUCCAGACGUUCCACAGGCACUCUGGUUUCAUCCCAACGGACGGGGACAACAUCGUCACAGCGGACGUCUUCACUACCACAUGGAGUAUUUAGCACAGGUAUCAGGAGUCAGAAUCGUCAAUCGUCAAAAAAUGCAGAUCACACAGGGUAAGGUGAUAUCUUCAGAGGGUAGUUCUACUGAAAAUACAGAGCAGCCAGUUGAUAUGAAUGCAGUGAUUAAAGAAUUGAAGUUCUUGUGUCCUGGACCGAACACGAAACUUCGGGCAGAAGAGCUCUGGUCUAUGACAAUCGAUGAACGCAACGAAAUGCGUCGAUUGUUACCUGCUAGAUUACCCCGUAUCAACCGCGUUCAAUGGGUCUAUGAUUUCAAUGGAGUUUCGAGCGAUGUAUCCUAAUGCACCGGAUUUCGAUGAGCGGCUUUUAAGUCUUCAAUCGAAAGUUUUGACACGGUAUCAUGAUCUACUUGGGCAUAUAAAGAAUCAUUUUAUGCGAACACUGUAUUAUACGUCAGAAAAGUCCAAGUCGAGGUUCUAAGCGGGCUCGUGAUGCUGAUCCAACGAAGGAAAACGCUUUAAAAGGAGUAAUAGAAUGGAUAAAACCGGAGGACCCAUUCCCAUCUUAACAUGAUUCUCCUAUACUGUCCAUUAAAGGAAACCUUUUUGAAGUUGGUUCAUGUGCUGCAAUCAUAUGGAAACAAAGUACCAUUAUGCUGAAUCCGGAUAUGGAACACUGUUUUCGUAUUUUAUGUGAAUCGUUUGUGGUCCUCAACGCUGUUUGUCAGUCGACUGAUAAGCAGUUUUACACGUUUGUAUCGUACGUUUUACUUGGUAUUGGCCACCUAACUACAACUGGCGAGCGAUUGAUGCAGAGCAUUGAAUAACUCAUUUCGUCCUCAUCCAUUUGUUGAAUUUUAAGUCACUUUGAAUCUGUUGAAUUGGCAAAGAGAAAGUUAAUGAAAUGGCUGGCAUAAAUAGACCAUCAUAGAAGAGUAACAAUAUAUUACAGCUUCUGAACA